AUGACAUAUUUGUCAAAUGAUGAUUACCAUAUGUUUAAAUGCAUGUUAGAAAAAUAUAUUUCGGAAUUUGAAACAUUACGAACAGAUAAAUUUCCACAACAAAUAUAUUCGAAAAAUGAUUCAAAUAAAAAUUUAUUAAAACAUGAAAAUGAUUCCGGGCAGAUUGAAAGUACGCCUGAUAAAGAUAUCAAUUUUGAUAAUACUAAAUACGCUUUUUAUAUUGUAGACGAUGAUAAUCCGUCUUACAGUGAUGGAAAUGAAAUUGAACUUACGUAUGUAGAUUCAGAAAAUUUAAAAAAUGAAAUUGAGGACGAUAAAAGUGAUGAUGAAUGGGACAAAAAGGAAGUCGAAUUUUCGGAAAAUAGUGAUAAAAAUAAGAAUGAAUUGAAUGAAGAGGAAACUGAAUUGGCGAAAUCAAUGAUUGAGUUUUUAUCAAAACCAUCAAACAAAUUAAUCGAUAUAAUUUGUAAUAUAUGUAAUCAAACAUUCUCGGCUCGUUCAAAACUAGUGAAACACAUUAAAACCCAUGUUAAGGGUGCCGAAUAUUCAUACUCUUGUAAACUUUGUGGUGAAGGAUUUUUUUCUAAUAGAGGCUUAGCUCAACAUGUAACAUCCCAUUCUACAGGACCAUCAUAUCACUGCGAUUUAUGCUCAAAAGUUUUUGCAAAACUAAAUGCAUUGGGGAAACAUAAUCGCACGGAACAUAAUGCAAAACCAGUUGAUUGUACAAAGUGUUCCAAAAAAUUUUCACAUCCUUUACUGGUGGAACGUCAUGAGCAAGAAGCUCACAAUGAAGUGGAACAUGUAUGUGAAGAUUGCGGGGAGAAAUUUUCAACUAAAUUAAGUUUCAAACAACAUCGUUUUAAGCAUUUUAGUAAACGAUUAACUUGUAUAGAUUGUGAUAAAAGUUUUACAACAUUGGAGACAUUAAGAAAACAUGUACGUGUGGUGCAUGAAAAUGCUCAAGUGCCUCUUGAAUGUAAAUCAUGUGUGGAAAAUUUUGUAAAUCUUGUUGAAAUCGAACGUCACGAACAAACAUUUCACAGUUCUGAAGAAAAAAACUACAUAUGUAAUAUUUGCGAUGAGAAAUUUUUAUCGAAAGCAUUCUUAGACUUACACAAAAUAAAACAUUCAGAUUCACGAUCGUUUAACUGCUCGUACUGUGAUAAAAAUUAUAAAAGACGAGGUGAAUUAAACAAACAUCUACGUUGUAAACAUCCAAAAAAUUCGUUGAAUUCGGAAGCAGUAGUAGAAAAUUGGCCGCGUUAUGGACGAUAUUCUGAAAUGUGUUUUAUUUGCGGUAAAGAUGUGAAAAAUUUAAGCGUACAUUUAAAUUCACAUAAUAGAAAAAGUAUUAAGUGUUUAGUAUGUUCAAAAAUAUAUACAUCGAAAUACAUUUUACGACAGCAUAUGCGCAUUCAACAUCCAGCGGAUGGUAUUGUUAAAAAAGUUUACUGUCCAAUAUGUAAUAAAGCGUUAGCUGAACGUAGUAAUUUAGCAAAACAUAUGGUAUGCGUACAUUCAACAGUUAAACCACAUAAAUGUCCAUUUUGUGAAAAUAAAUAUAAAUUGAUUUCGCACCUUAAUGCACAUAUUCGAAGUGUACAUAAUCAUGAAAAACCUAAUGAAUGUACAAUUUGUAAAAUGGCAUUUUUUAGAAAAUCUAGUUUAAAAAAACAUAUAAGAACACAUGAGGGUAAAAGACAGUAUGUUUGUGAUACGUGUGAUGAAUCUUUUAAAAACAAGAAUGAUUUGGAUAAUCAUAUGAAAAUUCAUUCAAGUGACUUAGGUACAUAAAACAGUACGGGCUAACUUAAGGGGGCUUAUUUGCCCCGUGCAUAAAUUAAGUUACCAUUCAUUAUAACGGUACAUUACUUACUAUACGUGUAUGG